AUGGAUGUGGACUUUCUGAAGUCUGCAACAGAAGAGCAAACAAUGGAAAUGAUGAUGAUGAUGAUGCAAAUGGAAAAGCUCCCAACAGAUUACCCAGGACCCCAUCAUCAACACGAAGGAACUGAUUCCCAAUCCAUGGAGUUCUCUGGAAGUAGCAUUGAUUCAUUAACACAUCACAGUUAUGACGACAACCCACACCAAUCUUCAUCACUUGCAUUGGUUAAUCAUCACCACCAUCAUGCUAAUCCUUCCACAUUAUCGUUUAUCGGCAAUAAUUCAUCAGUUCAUCAUCAAGAACAAGUUAACAUGUCCAGUGCCAUGGUAGUUGGGAAUAACAAAUUCUCCUCAGGUCAUCGUGCAGGUGAACUGUCCGGUGCUAAUGCGAAUGGUGCAUUUUCGAAUAAAAGAAGCUCAAUGGCAGCAAUGCGAGAAAUGAUAUUCCGGAUAGCAGCAAUGCAACCAAUUCAUAUUGAUCCAGAGUCGGUUAAACCACCAAAGAGAAAGAACGUAAAGAUAUCUAAAGACCCACAAAGUGUAGCGGCAAGACAUCGCAGGGAAAGGAUAAGUGAAAGGAUAAGGAUACUUCAAAGACUUGUUCCAGGAGGAACUAAAAUGGACACUGCUUCAAUGUUAGAUGAAGCAAUUCAUUACGUGAAGUUCUUGAAAACACAAGUUCAAUCUUUGGAAAAAGUUGCUACAAACAAUAUCAACACUGGUGGAAGUGCUGGAUCAUCACCACCACUUGGAUUUGGUGCAAAUUAUUCUUCAUUAGCAAAAGCUUACCAAUAUUUACCUACUCAGCAUCAAAUAAUGUUCAACCCUAAUAAUACUCAUCAUCAAAUGCUUAACUGA